AUGCUAGCUUUUGGUCCUAAAAACGGUCUUAUUCCAUCGGAGAAAGAUUUUCCUCGUCACACUAUUAGCAAGAAACAAGAAGAUCCGUCCAUGUUAACCGGGUCGACUGGGUUGAUGGAUCCAGUAUUGAACACGACCAAUGGCUCUGUUUCUUCUUCCUCUAAUGACACUUCUGCUAACAAUAGUAUAUCCUCUCCAGAAUACACAUUCGGCCAGUUCUCGAUGGAUUCUCCUCAUAGAACAGAUGUCACUAAUACCCCAUUCCUAACAACAACUACUAAUACUACCGCUAAUAAUAGUUUGAUGAAUCUAAAGGAUACUGCCGCUUUGCCCAUGAAUUGGAAAUGGAAAAACUCUAAUAACAUGCAAUUCUUGAAUGGAAUUGAAAACGAAAGCGGUAAUGACAACGGUAAUAAAGAUGGCGAUGAUAAGGUGUGUCUUUCGAUAGCUACCCCGCAUGCUCUCAAUGAAGAAUUGAAGAAUUUGGAACAGCUGGAGAAGGUGUUCUCGCCGAUGAGCUCAGCGAAUAAUAGCAAUUUCAAAGAAAACAUUGAGCUAUCUCCACACCAACAUACGACAUCUCCCAAGGCUAAAACCCUUGAGGCAGAACCUUCUAUAUAUUCCAAUUUUUUCUUAGAUGCUAAGUUGCCGAACAACUCCAACGUUUCAGCAGAAUCGAAUGACAACUACUAUAGCUUGGAUGACGCAAAUAACAACAGCAGCAAUAAUAAUAAUAAUAAUAAUAAUAACAGCAUGCAGUCGAUUUUGGAAGACUUUGUAUCUUCAGAAGAGGCGUUAAAGUUCAUGCCUGACACUGGUUCCGACACAAGGCGAUACAGCGAGGUGGUCACUUCUUCGUUUCCUUCCAUGACGGAUUCCAGAAAUUCCAUUUCUCAUUCAAUAGAAUUUUGGAAUUUAAACCAUAAAAAUUACAAUAACAGGAAAUCCACUCAACAAAUCAUUCCUGAGGACACUACUACGGAAAGACGUGACUCGACCAUUUCACCAACUACGACGGCAAACAAUCCCGAUCCGACCUUCAAACUGCUAGAUCAUAACGUUUCUCAAGUUCUCAAUGGUUAUAGCAUGGAUUUUUCUAAAGACGCUGGCGUUACAAAGCCAAAAAACACAUCCUUCUCUUCAAACCGUAUCUAUAAUAACGGUAACAAUAAGAAAAACCAACGGGCUUCUUUGCCCUUGAUUCAUGACAUCGAAUCCUUUGCAAAUGAUACAGUAAUGACCAACCCUCUUUCUGACUCAGCUUCAUUCUUCUCAGAGGAAAAUGAUGAUGAUGUGUUUGCCAAAGUAAACUAUAACAGUUUAGAUGCCGCUGCAAUGUCGACCUACGAUCGUGACGCAGAUCCUUUUAACAUUAUUAAGUCUCCUACUCAAGAUCAGCAAUUUAUCAAACCUUCGAUGAUGCUGUCCGACAACGCCUCAGCUGCUGCUAAAUUGGCAACCUCUGGUGUAGAUAAUCUCAACACUACACCAGCUUUCCAAAGAAAAAGCUAUGACAUUUCGAUGAAUCCCUCGUUCAAACUAAUUCCUAAUAAUCAUAUUCAUCAUGCUGCUCAUCAUCAACAGCAAUCUACGAAACAAGCGUCUGUAAGCCCAAACCUAAGAAGAAGAAAGUCGUCGAGCAUCACUUUAAGUCCAACUAUCUCUCACAAUAACAACAAUGGUAAGAUUCCAGUUCAACCACGUAAAAGGAAAUCCAUUGCUACUAUUGACCAAAACAACUACGAUAAAAACAAGCCCUUUAACUGCAAAGACUGUGAGAAGGCAUUUAGACGCAGCGAACACUUGAAAAGGCAUAUCAGAUCCGUUCAUUCGGCUGAACGUCCUUUUGCUUGCAUGUUCUGUGAGAAAAAAUUCAGUAGAAGUGACAACUUAUCACAACACUUAAAAACUCACAAGAAGCACGGCGAUUUUUAG